ACCCUUGCGCUUAGUCCUCCUCGAGCUCUAGAUGGACCAGGCUAGACCAGUUUAGACAGAAUUAGACCGGGCUAGACCAAGUUAGACAAGGUUGGAUCAUAAUCCACGCUAAACGAAGGGAUAAAUUAAAUGACCUUAACAGGACGGCUCAUCUAAUUGGGCAGUCGUCCAUAUUUACAUAUUUGAUUGACUUGCUUAUUAGAAGUUGUUCAAAAGCGCCAGACGGGCGGAUACAUGGGGAUUUUACUGCUCCUGCUGAGCCUCAUCCUACCGGGACACACCCAGAGGUCACCCUGUAACUGUGAUGGGCUGAGAGGGGAGAAGGGGGGCGCAGGAGCCCCAGGCUACCAUGGACUACCGGGGAUGAUUGGUUACCCUGGCAACGAAGGCCCCCCAGGGCCCUCUGGAGCCAAGGGUCACCAAGGUCUUGUUGGAAGCUCAGGACCAAAAGGCUCCAGGGGUCUUCCUGGAAAACCAGGAUUCCCUGGUACUCCAGCUCAGCCAGGAAUACCUGGCAGUGAAGGACCUAUCGGCCAGCCAGGACUCCCAGGAUGCAAUGGGACAAAGGGGAAGGAAGGACGGCAGGGCUAUCCUGGGCCAUCGGGGGUCGCGGGAGCAGAAGGCCAGCCUGGCAGGCCAGGGACACCGGGAACACCAGGAGAGAAGGGCCAAGAGGGCAUCAGUCCAGUGAUACCUGGACCUAGAGGACAGAAGGGCGACCAGGGCCCUCCAGGCAUCCCCGGACUCAAAGGGGUCAAACUCUAUGCUGAGGGGCCAACCGAACUCAAGGGGGAGCCAGGAGACACGGGCGAAAAGGGAUGUCCUGGAACCCCUGGUAUCCCGGGGCGACGGGGCUUUAAAGGAGCUAUGGGCUCGAGGGGCGACCCUGGGUCUCUGGGAGAACCAGGGAAAGACGGAGCUCUUGGGUCUUAUGGAAUACCAGGAGAGCCAGGGGACCAAGGAGCCAUCGGAGUACCUGGAAUAGAAGGUUCAAAGGGGGAGAAAGGGGAUGUCGGGCCUUCAGGUGCUCCAGGAGAGCUCAUCCAGGUGAACAACAUCCUGAGCGGCGAGCGGGGAACACCUGGUCUCCCUGGACCCCCUGGACCACCUGGAGAGCAAGGCCUGGUUGGUUUCCCUGGACUUCCGGGUCAGCCAGGUGAGGGCCUUCCUGGCCCCGCAGGCUCCCAGGGGUCCCCAGGCUCUCAGGGGACCGGUGGACAGAGAGGAGAACCAGGUCCAAUUCUUACCGGACCCAGAGGUCUCCCUGGACUCCCUGGAGACCAAGGGCCGACUGGAGAGGCCGGUAUUCCAGGAAUACCAGGUCCUGUUGGCGCUCCAGGGUUGAAAGGUCCACAAGGGCUUAAAGGCCUUACAGGACUUCCUGGACCCCAGGGUCUGUUUGGGAUGCCUGGUGCGGCUGGCCCUCCAGGGCCAUCAGGUGAGAAGGGGUUCAUCGAGGGGACAGGAGAGGAUGGAUGUGUAGGGGACCCGGGACCCCCUGGGAAGCCUGGUCUCCAUGGAGUCAGCGGCGCGCCCGGUCUCUCAGGACCAAAAGGAAUUCAUGGCCUGAAGGGUCACCCGGGGCCGGCAGGACCUAAAGGAGACCGCGGAACCGUCGGGGAGCCUGGUCCCAGAGGGCUGACCGGACCUCUUGGGAUCAAGGGAAUGCCUGGGUUUGGACCCCUAGGGGCCCCGGGUCCAAAAGGCAGCCCAGGAGGGAUUGGACCAGGAGGGGUGCCUGGAUACCGAGGUGAAUGUGGUGCAGUACGUGGUUACACUGGACUACCUGGCUUCCCUGGGUUCCCGGGGCUGUCUGGAGAGAAGGGAGCUAGGGGCCUCUCUGUCCGGGGGCCCCCAGGGAACACAGGGCUGAAGGGAGAACUUGGGCCCCCGGGUUCCCCUGGUUCUUCAGGGUUUGGCAGCAGAGGACGGCCAGGUCCCUCAGGGGCCCCAGGGAUGCCCGGCCCCAAGGGUGAAGGGGCGGUGGGUGUCCCAGGACGGCAGGGGCGCCCCGGUCCCCAAGGAGAGGACGGCUCGGUGGGAGCCAGGGGAGACCCUGGUGUUCGUGGGUUCCCUGGCUCCCCAGGGACUCCUGGGCGGGACGGGCUCCCAGGAGCCAGAGGGCCCAGAGGGGAGAGAGGCCAGCCAGGGGAGUCUGGUCUUCCAGGGGAAGGGAUCCCGGGAUCAGGGGGUCCGUAUGGACCUCCAGGGUUCCACGGGACCCCUGGAGCCAGGGGACCCCAAGGCCUGAAAGGAUUCCCAGGAACGGCUGGCGGUUCAGGGACUGCCGGGCCCAGAGGAGAUAUGGGUCCAGCUGGUCCUUGUGGAACCCCCGGACCUGACGGGAGGAUAGGAGAAGCGGGCCAACCAGGCGCCAAAGGAUCCCUGGGUGUGGAAGGACUCAGAGGCUCUGCCGGUCAGCCUGGAGUCCAAGGAGACACGGGGGAACCCGGACUCAGAGGGGAAGAGGUGACCGUCAAGGUGUAUGGGGAUCCUGGAGAUUCUGGACUUCAUGGGUCCCCAGGGUCGACUGGUCCCCCUGGGGAGAGUGGACCCCUAGGGCCCCUCGGUCCAGAUGGACAGAAUGGAGAACCAGGAACCUCAGGCCCCAGAGGAUUCCCUGGAGACCGGGGGAGAGAUGGAGAACCUGGAACUGCUGGUUUCCCCGGAGACCUUGGAGAUCCGGGAGUCAUGGGGCUGCCAGGUCUUAAAGGAGAACAGGGCUGUGCUGCGGCGCUCGGCGUCACUGGUUCUCAUGGAGUUCCGGGCUUGACUGGCCUCAAAGGUUCUAAAGGAGAACCAAGUCCUGCCGGAUCUGGACCCAAAGGAGGGCAGGGGGAGAGGGGAGAACCAGGAUCAGCUGGAGCUCCGUCCAGGAAGGGGGAGAGAGGGGACACAGGCCCAGCCGGCGUCCCAGGAAACAUCGGCAUCUUUGGGCCCAAAGGACGCAUGGGGGUCCCUGGACCCCGAGCACCCCCUGGGUUUCUAGGAAACAGAGGUUCUGAUGGACGACCGGGAGCCAGUGGUUGUCCAGGACCGGAUGGCCUUAAAGGUAACAGAGGAGCGGCAGGUGACCCGGGACCUGCAGGACUCAGAGGAAACCAGGGUCGGGAUGGGAUCCCUGGCCCAGCUGGGGAGAAAGGAGAUUUGGGAGGUCCUGGUGUCGGCAGUAAGGGAGCCGAUGGAGACAAGGGACGAUCUGGACUGAAGGGUGAGGUGGGGCUCGCUGGUCCUGAGGGCCCCCCCGGCCCCCCCGGCCCUCCAGGGAACGUGGGCCCCCCUGGUCGGGCCGGCCCAGGGGGUCAACCCGGCAGACCAGGCAUGGACGGCCUCUGUUCCCGCGGGCCCAAGGGAGACCGGGGCCACAUUGGGGCCCUGGGACCCACAGGCCUCCAGGGGACCCCGGGGCCCCCAGGCGCCCCAGGGCUGGGGCUCAAGGGCAGUGAAGGGAGUAAAGGAGCCAGGGGCUCACUAGGGUCACCUGGUUGCCGUGGAAACCAUGGGACACGAGGCCAGCAGGGUCCAGAGGGAAGCAGAGGUCAACCAGGACCCGAAGGCCUGAGUGGGGACCUGGGCAACAUGGGGCCCAUUGGUCAGAAGGGAGAUGCAGGGAGGGCCGGGGAGGACGGUCUUCUGGGUGUCACAGGACCCACAGGGAAGCCAGGUCCCAAAGGCAAAGACUUUUUUCAGGAAGUGCUUUUAAUACCUGGAGAUAAAGGCUUACCUGGUUACCAUGGAUACGAGGGACAGGUGGGGGCUCAGGGGGUUGCUGGAAGGCAAGGUCCUGCAGGCUCUCCGGGGCCAGGGGGACCUUCUGGUGGAGACGGACCUGCUGGACUACCAGGAGUCCCGGGACCAAAGGGAGACUCAGGUCCUCUGGGAUCACAAGGUAUUCAAGGGGAUGAGGGACUGAUGGGCGCCAAGGGCCCCCCCGGGACCCCGGGGCCCCCCGGGCCCUUCAUCAGAGGGGAGCCAGACAGCUUCCUGUUCACCAGACACAGCCAGCAGCAGAGCCUUCCUCUCUGCCCUGCAGGGUCCCGCCUCCUCUUCUCUGGAUACUCCCUCCUCUUCAUCAACGGAAACAACAGAGCACAUGGACAAGACCUGGGAACCCUGGGCAGUUGUCUACCUCGCUUUACCACCAUGCCCUUCCUCUUCUGCAACAUCGACAGCACCUGUCGCUAUGCCUCCCGCAACGACUACUCCUAUUGGCUGUCCACUGACCAAUCAAUGCCAAGUGAUAUGGCAAUGAUCUCUGGAGAUUUACUUGAGAAAUAUGUCAGCCGGUGUGCCGUGUGCGAGACCAGGUCCAACGUGAUCGGCAUCCAUAGCCAAACUGUCCAGGUCCCGGUCUGUCCGGCAGGGUGGCAGUCCCUCUGGUCGGGCUACUCGUUUGUCAUGCAAACGGGCGUGGGCUCAGAGGGAUCUGGACAGCCUCUGGCCUCUCCAGGGUCGUGCCUCCAGGAGUUCAGGAAGAUUCCCUUCAUCGAGUGUCACGGCAGAGGCACCUGCAACUACUACACAGACUCCUACAGCUACUGGCUGGCGGCCCUGGACCCAAAGCAGCUCUUCAGUAAGCCCAGGGCCCAGACGGUGAAGGGGGACUGUCCCGGCAGCAUCAUCAGCCGCUGCCGAGUGUGUAUGAAGCAGUGGUAGUCCUCCUCACUAUUAAUACGAAUAAUACUUGUUUGGUUCCGUUACUCACACUUGAAGUAUCCUCGGGAGACUGCCUCGAUUGUAGCGUUACUCCUGCUUGUACUUGAUUAACUAUUAGAAAAACUGGUAGUAGUCACUUCUAAUCUACUAUUAACACUACUAUAACUGCUACUGUUUCAACUACUUUACUAUAUAAACUAUCACAAUGAAUGUUUGUUCAUGGUAAUUUUGCUUGUAAUGCCAAACAUAAUGGAUAAUGCGUAUACCAUAACAAUUUUAUUGCCAUCAAUAUUUUUAACCCCACGGCUAUAUACAUUGUCCUAACUUAUGUUUGUACCAACAAAUACAAAGAAGCUUACUAUAAGUGGAAGCUGACGCGGGGACUAGAGUUGAAGUACUUACAUUGGCCACUGGGAGGAGACAGGGUGCGUUUAUUGCAACCUUCUGCAGAAUUCUAUUUUAUACAUCGGAGGCUUUGGUGGUGCUCAUCUGAUGGGUAUAAUAAAUAAGUGAACGAAGAAUCAUGAAGAACUUUAAUGUUCUUCAUACAUUUUAAUGAAGAACACCAUGCCCUAUCUUAACCCUGAUUUAAGAAGCACAUUUUAUUGUUGCAUCAACCAUCAAGAUGUAAUUUGAAGCUUUGGCUUCCAACUCCCUACAAAUGUUGAGCCUCUUUUUUUGUUGCUCUAGAAUCUCAAACCACUAGUUAGUACAAUACUGUUUACUGUUGUGGUGCUCUUGAAUCUGUAACCACUCGUGAGUACAAUACUGUUUACUGUUGUGGUAACUAUAACCAUUAGUUAGUACAAUACUGUUGACCUGUUGUCAUGCUGUGGAUUCUAGAACCACUAGUUAGUACAAUACUUUAAACUAUUGUGUUGCUGUGGAUUCUAGAAACACUAGUUAGUACAAUACUGUUUACUGUUGUGUUGCUGUGGAAUCUGGAAGCACUAGUUAUUACGAUACUGUUUACUGUUGUGUUGCUGUGGAAUCUGGAAGCACUAAUUAUUACAUUUGCACCUGUUGUGUUGCUCUUGAAUCUUAAACAACUAGUAGGUACAAUACUAUUUACAAUUGUGUUGCUGGGGAAUCUGGAAGUAAUAGUUAGUACAAUACUGUUUACUUUUCCUUCGGAAUCUCUAACCAUUAGAACAAUACUAGUUCACAAGCAGGACAUGCUGGUUUAAACUAAUUUUCGGAUCAGUUUAUUUUGUUUUGUUUCAUUGUGCAAGUUAUUAUCUUUUAAUAUAAAUAGUAUUUUACUUUUCCAUUCUUCUAUAGGAUCACGUUGGAAUGUAUGAAUAUGUUUCUCACUCAAAGACUCUGUUAUCACAUGUCUAAAUUGUUUUGGUUAUGCAGUAUCUGAAUCUAUUUUUUAUUGUAUUAAGUAAUUCGUUUCAUUAAAUUUGUGGGCUUAAAAAAAACAUUGUGUACUGAAUGAGCCAACUGAAGAUGGUCAUGUCCACAUCCCAAGGGCUUCAUCAACCAGCAGGGGGCUAGCGUUUUCUUUCUCUAUUACGUUCCAAACAGAGAAGAAGAUAUUGCUUCAGGAAUCUAUCACGCAGGUCCAUGCACGCAGCUCAAUGACUUUGUCUAAAUUGUAAAUAUAAUCAUAUUGAUUUGAUAUUUUAGUGAUUGUUUUCUUAAUAUCUGACUGUUUUAUGUGCGUCGAUUUGUGGAGGAUUUAAUGUUACAUGCAAUGUAGCAUCUGCUAAAUGAAUAUGAUAUGACCAUAUAAGCUGUGUGGAACGUUUCCUUGAGCGUGAGAAAGUACUCAAACUCAAAAAUAAUUAUUAUCAUUAUAUUAUUAUUAUUAAAACAACAAAAGCUGCAAAAUGACAUGCUUGGUUUUAUGCACAAAUCUAUAAUUAUCUAAAAGCCAAUAGCUUUCGGCCUCCUGGAAAAACCAAACUAUAUAAAAUAACCAUGAUCUCACCAUUCCUAAA